GACAAGUCCCGCCCCGCAGGCGGUACCGGAAGUGGCGGGCUGGGAUCAGCCUUUAAGAUGGCGUCUCCUCAGGGGGGCCAGAUUGCGAUCGCGAUGAGGCUUCGGAACCAGCUCCAGUCAGUGUACAAGAUGGACCCGCUACGGAACGAGGAGGAGGUCCGGGUGAAGAUCAAAGACCUGAAUGAACACAUCGUCUGCUGCCUGUGUGCUGGCUACUUCGUGGAUGCCACCACCAUCACAGAGUGUCUCCACACCUUCUGCAAAAGUUGUAUUGUGAAGUACCUGCAGACCAGCAAGUACUGCCCCAUGUGUAACAUCAAGAUCCACGAGACGCAGCCGCUGCUCAACCUCAAGCUGGAUCGGGUCAUGCAGGACAUAGUCUAUAAACUGGUACCAGGCUUGCAAGACAGUGAAGAGAAACGGAUUCGGGAAUUCUAUCAGUCCCGAGGCUUGGACAGAGUCACCCAGCCCAGUGGGGAAGAGCCAGCCCUGAGCAACCUUGGCCUCCCUUUCAGCAGUUUUGACCACUCUAAAGCCCACUAUUAUCGCUAUGAUGAACAGCUGAGCCUAUGUCUGGAGCGGCUGAGUUCUGGCAAAGACAAGAAUAAAAACGUCCUUCAGAACAAAUAUGUCCGAUGCUCUGUUAGAGCUGAGGUACGCCAUCUCCGAAGGGUUCUGUGUCACCGCCUAAUGCUAAGUCCACAACAUGUACAGCUCCUUUUUGACAACGAGGUUCUCCCUGAUCACAUGACAAUGAAGCAGCUAUGGCUGUCCCGCUGGUUCGGCAAGCCAUCUCCUUUGCUUUUACAAUACAGUGUGAAAGAGAAGAGGAGGUAGGGGCCAGACUUGCUUCCACCCCCUUCCCACCCCUCCCCAGAUAUUUAUGUGAAAUUAACUGUGGCUUUAUUUUUUGAAAUAAAAGCUUUUAAAAAGCA